GGGUCUGAGUCACCUCCUGCACCUGUCUCUUCCUUUGGUCUAUAGGGAUCUGCAGUACCAAAGCAGGGCAGCAAGAUCCCUUCCUUCAUUCUGGAGUCUCAAGUAGAAGAGCAUCAGUUUGUACAGUUGUAACAUUUCCCUGCAGGUGGCACAUUCACCUCAAGGACUGUGGCGAAGUCAAAGCACAUGAAGCCCUGUGAGUCCCUGGGCCCCACUUGGGCCCUAAGAUCCCUCAGCUGCAUCCUCUAGGAUCUGCCAUGAUGCAAUCACCAGCAGAGCAAGUGGCACGGCAGCUGCGUGAGGUGCCACAAUGCACUGACCCUGCAGCAGGGCCGGGCGCUGCCCCAUGUUCCAGCCCUGCGUACAGGCAGGGUUUCGCUUUUGAAAGUGGCCGCGCACCCUUUCCACACUUCCUCCUUCCCCAGCACCGCGCUGUACGCGGGGACAUGGGCAGGGACAGCUCGGCCCUGCACCUUCCCCUGUGAAGUUGGGUUUCUGUGCUGUCCCCUCAGCAGCCAGACACCCCUAGGACUGCUGCAAUCUGCAGCUGUCCCUGUGUCUGCUCCUGGAGCAGCAAUACCAAAGCGGGGAAUGGGACCCCUUCCCACAUGCUACAGGCUCGAGUAAAAGAGCAUAGCUUUAUGCGACGUAUCACUUCUGUGCAGGUGUCACCACAGGUGUGUGAGGUCAGUGCUCACGCUGGGUCCCUGCAUAGGAGAAAACAUCCCUUCCUGCUUGUGCUGCAGGGCGAGCAUGGGGACUGCAUGUGCCCAGAUGCAGGCACUGCUGUGUCCCACUGGCUCAUGUGAGGGGCCGGGCAUGGCCCUCUUGUGCAUGUCCACACCAGCAUGGGGACCUUAUUCACCCCACUACUGCCUGGGGAACCGCAAAGGAAGCUCUAGGACUCCACCAAAAUGAGCUGGGCACUAGGGUGCAGAGGGAGGCCCUGUUUGGGGUCACUCCUGUCCCUGUGGGGAACCACUUGAAAUGGGCACAGUCCCAUCCCCAGCCCCAACGCAGGUACACACAGCACCAGGGCAGGAUGGCUUCCCCUGGGGAUAUGCAGGCACCAAGACCCCUUGUUGGGGCUGUGUGACGCCAGAAGCGGAGAUAAGCCUCAUAUUUGGGCAUGAAGCAGGUUAUUGGAGGCUGAGCCCCGGCAGGCGGCAGAUAACCCUGCUGAUAACGGCUCCCACCGUACAUCGCCAUCCCCAUUGGCUCCUGCCACCAGGGGCUGCCUAUAUCUCCCCCUCCCUGUCCCAUGCUGCAUACUGGGCCUGUGUGGCAUGAUGGUGCCUGCCAGGGUGCUGGGGCUGCUCCUCUGCGUGCAGCUCUGCAUGGGCAGCGAGGUGCUGCGGCUGGUGGAUGGCGGUGGGCGUUGUGCCGGUCGGGUGGAGGUGAAGCACGAGGGAGAAUGGGGCUCUGUCUGCACCUAUGACAUCGACUGGGACGCGCAACGGGCCAGCGUGGUGUGCCGGCAGCUGGGCUGUGGCACGGUGGCCCAUGCGUCCCCAUAUGCCCCAUUCGGGCAGGGCAAGGGACGCAUCUGGCUGCAUCCCUACUGCCUUGGCACUGAGGCCACCCUGCAGGACUGCUCCAACUUUGGCUGGGGCAAGCACUUCUGUGGUCACGAGUGGGACGUGGGAGUGAUCUGCACAGAGGCACUGGAGCUGCGGCUGGUGGAUGGCAGGGGACCCUGCGAGGGGAGAGUGGCGGUGAAGCUGCGAGGACGCUGGGGCACGGUGUACGAUGAUGUCUGGGACAUGAAUGAUGCCGAGGUGGUGUGCCAGCAGCUGGGCUGUGGCUCAGCUGCUGACACCAAGUUCACCUGGCGAGAUUUGCAAGCCAACAGUCCUUCAAUGUUGGCCUUUGUCAACUGCAAUGGGAACGAGAAGGCCAUCUGGGAUUGCAACAUUAAGGGCUGGGGUCCCUACAAUGAACCUCGUGAUUAUAACGCCACUGUGGUCUGCCAAGGGUUCUCCCGGCUGGUUGGAGGAGACAGUGCCUGCUCGGGGCAGCUGGAGGUGCGGCAGGGCCGGGCCUGGGUCAGCGUCUGCCACAGCCAUGUGGACCUCAUGGCCGCCCAGGUCGUCUGCAGGGAGCUGGGCUGUGGUACAGUGCUGGCCCUACCCGGGGCUGGGCAUUUUGGAGCAGCAGUGGGGCCAUUCUGGGACAAUGCCUUCAAGUGCAACGGCACCGAGCCCCUCCUGUCUGCUUGCACACGGCAGCCUCCCCAAAUCAAGAACUGCACCCAACCUGCUGCCAUCAUCUGCUCUCGUAAGCACUGGUGCUGUGGGGGUGCAUCUGCCCCAUGCAGUGUGGUGUCCCCAGGGGUCCCUCGCUCCUCCAACCCCAGCACUCUCUCUCUGCUGCAGCCUACACUGGGUUCCGGCUGGCAGAUGGAGACUCAGACUGCACUGGGCGGGUAGAGGUGGAGGCACGAGGGGUUUGGAGGCCCCUGUGUGCCACUGCCUGGGACAUGCCUGACGCCCACGUCCUCUGCCACCAUCUGGGCUGUGGCU